AUGUGCGGCAUCCUGUGUCUUGUGGGCCGGGACGGGGGGCAGGGAGAGGGGCUGGGCCUCAGCCCAACUGUGCGGGCUGAGAUGCUGGAGUGCCUCCGAAGACGAGGCCCAGACCACCAGAGCGUUCAUGAGGUCGCCACCCCCUCCGGCGCGACGCUGGAGAUGCACGGGUCCCUGCUCCAGCUGAGGGGCAGCGCCCCCUCCCGGAGCCCACUCCUUGACCCAGCGACGGGAUCCCUGCUCUGCUUCAACGGCGAGGUGUUUGGCGGCCUGCCGGUCUGCCCCGGCGCCAACGAUGCCCAGGCGCUAUUUUGCGCCCUGACACAAGCGACCUCCAGCCCCAUGGAAGUGCUGUCGAGGGUGCAGGGGCCUUGGGCCCUCGUGUACUGGCACGCUCCCUCCGGCACCCUGUGGUUUGGCCGGGAUGCCACAGGGCGCAGGAGCCUGCUCUGCAGCCUCGCCAUGGAUGAGGCGGAGAGUGCUGGGUCAGGCGAACAACCAUCGCUGCGCCUUGAAUUCAAAACAAGCCUGUCGUUUCAGCAACAGCCCGGUGCUCCCUUCAUCCUCUGCUCCCUGGACACGGACCCAGGGUCCGAGGGGGCCCCGCCCCUACACGAGCUUCCCCCCGGCCUCUACUCCCUACCGCUGGGGCGACCGCACCCCGCCAGCGCUCACCAGUUUCACCCUCAGCGCCACCCCUGGCCCUGGGUCGCCCCCCUGCGCCCCAGCCACCUCAUCCCGGAAGGCCCGCAGGGCCCCACAGCCCGGCCCUCGCCCGAGGCCCUGCGGCGGGCGGACGAGCGCGUGCUGUGCGCGCUGCGCGCCGCAGUCGCCGCGCGCUGCCAGCUGCCCGAGUGCGCCCGGCCUGGCCACCUCAAGACCGCCGCCCCGUCAACCCAGGCCCCCCUGAUGGUGCUGUUCAGCGGCGGCGUGGACUCCACGCUGCUGGCGGCGCUGGCGCACCAGGCGCUGCCGCCCUGCAUGCCCAUCGACCUGGUCUCCGUCUGCUUCGACGCGGGGCGGUCGCCGGAUCGCCUGUCGGCGCUGGACGCGCUGCGCGAGCUCCGCGCCUGGGCCCCGCGCCGGCGCUGGCGCCUCGUGCGCAUCGACUGCGGCCUGGCCGACGUGGACGCGCACGCGCCGCGCCUCCUGCGCCUGCUCUCCCCCGCCGCGACGGUCAUGGACCUGAACAUCGGGGCGGCCCUGUGGCUGGCGGCGCGCGGCGCGGGCAGGGCUUGUCUUGGGGAUGGUGAGGCGCAGGGAGGGGGCCUCGUGGAGGGGCAAGGGGCGCAGGCGGGGGACGAGGCGGGCAUCGAGGGGGUGGCCGUCGAGGAGGCGGGCGGCCAGGAGUACACGUCGGCGGCACGGGUCGUGCUGAUGGGACACGGCGCCGACGAGCUCUGCGGCGGCUACGGCCGGCAUCGCACAAAGUUCCGGGAGGGCGGCUGGGAGGGACUGAAUGCCGAGAUGGCGCUGGACAUGCAGCGCCUUUGGCUUCGGAACCUGGGCAGGGACGAUCGGCUGGUGGCCGACCAUGGACGGGAGGCCCGCCACCCUUUCCUGGAUGAGGGCGUGGUGGCAGCCGUGCUGGACAGUCCCUUGGCAUGUGUCACAGACCUCAGGCUGCCCAGCGGGCAGGGAGACAAGCGGGUGCUCCGCGCCGCGCUGUGCGCGCUGGGCCUGCCCCGGGCGGCCGCUCGGCCAAAGCGGGCCAUCCAGUUUGGCACCCGCAUCUGCAGGCUGAACAACAUCCGGCAGUUUGGGGGGACCCGGAAGGCCAACAUGGCAAACGCCGGCAGCGUGCUCCUCUCAGACCUGGCAUGCCUGCCGCCUGUGGAGAGCGCUGCUGCAGGCCGGGGUGUGGAACAGCAUGGUCUGCUGUCUGAUCAACUAGCAUGCUGCCCCGUCCAUAGACUCUUCCCUGGUUAA